AUGGCUAGUAAAGAUCCCACCGAGAUUAUUAGCAUUGACUCAGAUGAUGAUGAUUUGGAAGUGACGCACUAUACUACUCCGCAAAGUAGACUUUCCUGGGCAAAACAAGAAACUAUCCCUCCAGUAAUACUGGAGACAGCGCGUAAUUUCUCUGAGCCAUCAAGCUCGGUCAAAAUCCAACCGGUUGAAAGUGAUGACGACGUCAACGGUGGCGAGCUGGCUUACAAGAAGUUCAAAGAACGCAAGUCUCUCAAGCGCAAGCAAACCGCUGCAGCUGGGCGCAAAGCUAAAGUGCCACGAGUGAACGAAUUUGUUGGCCGAGUGAAACAAGAGCACCCUGCGCAGGGAGCCAAACGACCGUUAGAAGAAUAUGGCGCGCCAUCCUCUGAAGAUGAGCUGAUGGAGAAUACACUCCCAGGUUAUCUCAAAUCUCGGAGGACCAAGUUCGAAAGGACCCGUGAACGUUUACAAGAUUCUGGACUGAAGUUGCCGCCCACAUACGAGGAUGUAGAUUUCUCAGAUGAUGAGCGCCUAGGCGAACUUCAAGAACGGCCUGUUUUUCCGAACGUGGCACCUCAGAAGGAGUACAAAGAUAUUGAGCUUCCAUACUCGCUGGGUAUCAUUCCUGCGCCUAUUGCCCAGUGGUUGCGGCAGUAUCAAGUGGAAGGCGUUGCAUUCCUCCAUGAACUGUUUGUGUAUCAAAAAGGUGGCGUUCUUGGAGAUGACAUGGGUCUUGGAAAGACCAUCCAAGUGAUUGCAUUUUUGACCGCCGCAUAUGGAAAGACGGGCGAUGAACGAGAUGCGAAACGCAUGCGGAAGGUGCGCCGAGCUCACGACAGUGCGUGGUACCCUCGUAUUCUCAUCGUGUGCCCUGGAACUCUACUUGCAAAUUGGAGGGCUGAAUUUGAACGAUGGGGAUGGUGGAAUGUUGAUUGCUACCAUGGUGAGAACAAGGAUAUUGCGCUUGAUGCGGCAAAGUCGGGGAUGGUGGAAGUCUUGAUCACCACCUACACCACUUACAUGACCAACAAGGACUCGGUGAAUAUGAUCGAAUGGGACUGUGUUAUUGCAGACGAGUGUCACAAGAUCAAAGAACGCAAGUCUGGAACCACCCAGUCGAUGAACGAGAUCAAUGCGUUGUGUCGCAUAGGGCUCACCGGAACAGCAAUCCAGAACAAGUAUGAAGAGCUGUGGACACUUCUGAAUUGGGCCAACCCCGGGGUUUUGGGCCCUGUGAACACUUGGAAAGCACAAAUCUGCGAACCGUUGAAGAUUGGACAAUCACACGACGCAACCUUGAGCGAGCUCAGCAGGGCACGGAAAACGGCCAAGAAGCUAGUCGAGAACCUUCUUCCUCAGUUCUUUUUGAGAAGAAUGAAGACUUUGAUCGCGGACCAGCUACCUAAAAAGAUCGAUCGUGUAGUCUUUUGUCCUUUGACCGAAACACAAGCUGAAGCCUAUGAGAAUUUCCUCGACAGUGACAUCGUCGAUUAUAUCAAGCACUCCACCCAAAUAUGUGACUGUGGGACCGGCCAAAAGCGUGGUUGGUGUUGUUAUCGUUUCAUUCCCGAAAGAGAACCUUCAGCUUGGCAAGCUUAUGUCUUCCCUGCCAUCACGGUCCUUCAAAAGCUCAGCAACCAUUUGGCAAUCUUGAUCCCGCAAGGAUCGGACCCAAAAGAGAAGCAGGAUAAAGACAGAAACUAUCUAGAGCUUGCACUGCCUAAACAGUGGGAGGAUCUAUACCGCUCCCGAGACUCGAUUGUCAACUAUGCCAACCCCGAGUUCUGUGGUAAAUGGAAAGUUUUGCGCAAGCUUCUGAGAUGGUGGCACUCGAAUGGAGACAAAGUACUUAUUUUCUCACAUAGCGUGCGGCUUCUAAAAAUGUUGCAGAUGCUGUUCCACCAUACUAGCUACAACGUUAGCUAUCUAGAUGGGUCCAUGAGUUAUGAGGACCGCGCAAAGGUUGUGGACGAAUUCAACGCCGACUCUCGACAGUUUGUUUUCUUGAUUUCCACCAAGGCCGGUGGCGUGGGAUUAAACAUUACCUCAGCGAACAAAGUCGUGGUCGUGGAUCCGAACUGGAACCCAUCAUACGAUCUACAGGCUCAGGAUCGGGCCUAUCGCAUCGGACAAACUCGUGAUGUGGAAGUCUUUCGCCUCAUAUCCGCUGGUACAAUCGAAGAGAUUGUAUACGCUCGGCAAAUCUACAAACAGCAGCAAGCAAACAUUGGAUACAAUGCAAGUUCCGAACGACGAUACUUCAAAGGUAUACAGGAAAAGUCGGACCAAAAAGGUGAAAUCUUCGGUCUGAAGAACUUCUUCCAAUACCAAAACGACAACAUAGUUCUACGAGACAUCGUCAACAGAACGAACGUUGCCGAAAGCCGCGCCGGCGUACAAGUCGUGGAUGUAGAAUUCAAAGCGGAAGAAGAAACCCCCGAUUUCAGCGAACGAUCCACGAAGUCAGAAGAUGAAGCAAUGAGCCAACUCGUCUCCAUGAUCUGUGAUGAAGAGAAGCCGAAACUCAACCCCUCCAAACCCCCAACCCCACACAAACAUGACCCAGUGCAAGCGAUUCUCGCCGGCGCAGGCGUUGAAUACACACAUCUCAACAAUGAAGUCGUUGGAUCGUCCCGUGUCGAAGAAGGCCUCAGUCGUCGCGCGGAACUUGCCUCCAAUGAUAUAACGGGCGAUCUGCAUGUGUUCAUGUCGCAGUCGCAGUCGCAGCGCUCUGGACAAACCGAGGAACCUUUGAGAUUCAAGUAUCAUCCGCCAGAGGGGGUGAUGAGGCGUCAGUUCUGUAGUAUGGCCCGGCGCUUUGGGUACGCUGAUGCAACGGAAUUCGCGCUUGUUGUUGAGGGCAUGACGCAGGCGCAGAGAAGGUCCUGUCUUGAUCAGUGGUAUCGGGAGAGGAGAGACUUGCUCGUGAAUGUUAAUGAAGAGUCUGAUGAUGUCAAAAGUGAGAUCAAAGAUGAGAAACUGGUCAAAGACGGGGAUAGGAUUAAAGAUGAGGAGGCUAAUAAGGAGGAGAGCCCGGGUCUCUAG